AUAUGGCUGGACCGAACUGGCCGACCAAUGGUGUAACUUCAUCACUCAAUCACAGACAUGCGCGGUGUAACUUCAUCACUCAGUCACAGACAUUCGCGUUUAUAGGGCUGGUCAAGCCAAAACGAAUGCAACAUGAAGAAGAGCUGCAGCCUUUUUCCCGUUUUUACGGUACAGUUUUAAUUCCGUCACGCCUCAUUCGCAGGCCGGAAGUAGUUGGUGCUCUAGGGAAGUAGCCUACAUUUGGUUUGACGACGUGCACGAAUACAUUUCACUUCUCUGACAGAAAAUUUGUAUUGCCCUGAAAUUUGAGAGAAUCUCUCCUGGAGACAUUGUUAAAGCCAAGGGACAGUGUUUGGCCACAACAAUGUCGAAUCGUGUUUUGCAUAAACAGUUGGCGUCCAUCAUGGAAGUCUUGGCUAAUUCGGCAGUGGCUGAAAUCUGCAAAGUCGUGGAUGAUGGUUAUGCGGUUUUACGUUUGGAAAUAUCUCAAAGCAAAAAGGAGAACGACGCUCUCCGGCGGAAACUACAGGUGAUGGAGCGGCGGCUGCUUCAUGGACGUCCGGAAAAAACGAAGAUGCGAGAAAGCCCUGUACAUCCUCGGUCUGACGGACCUCACCUUUACAGUGAAAUGAAAGGAACUACAGUUCUGGAUCAGAGUUACUUUUCCCUGGAUCAGCAGAUGGUGGACAUCCCUAGGAGAGCUGGGAAGGCAAACGCUCUGGCGGAGAAAGGCUCUUCGGUGCAUCUCAUUGGAGAUCAGUGUGCAGACGUGGAGGAGGGGAGGACUGAACUGGUUCUUAUAAAGGAGGAGACUGUGGAAGAGGACCCACAGGGAGAGAUGAAAAAUGAGGAGCAAGAGGAGAGUUACUUUUCCCUGGAUCAGCAGAUGACGGACGUCCCUAGGAGAGCUAGGAAGGCAAACGCUCUGGCGGAGAAAGGCUCUCCGGUGCAUCUCAUUGGAGAUCAGUGUGCAGACGUGGAGGAGGGGAGGACUGAACUGGUUCUUAUAAAGGAGGAGACCGUGGAAGAGGACCCACAGGGAGAGAUGAAUAAUGAGGAGCAAAGUCCGGAGGAGAGUUACUUUUCCCUGGAUCAGCAGAUGGCGGACAUCCCUAGGAGACCUAGGGAGGCAAACGCUCUGGCGGGAAAAGGCUCUCCGGUCCAUCUCAUUGGAGAUCAGUGUGAAAACAUGGAGGAGGGAAGGACUGAAUCGAUUCUUAUAAAGGAGGAGACCGUGGAAGAGGACAGAGACCCACAGGGAGAGAUGAAAAAUGAGGAGGAAGGAGCGGUGGAGUGGAGGGCAGGCAGCAGAGAAAAUCGUCCCGUUGUGGAAACGCAGAAUAAAGCAGCGAAUCACACAGAGGAGCUCACUGAGCAGCACAGGACCAGACGCGCUGUUUGGGAGUGUGCAGACAUGGAGGAGGGAAGGACUGAAGCACUUCUGAUAAAGGAGGAGAGACUCAAAGAGAACCUGGGGAACCCCCACCGUCAGGGGGAGCUGAGGAACAGGGAUGAGACCUUCCGUCCUGCUGUGAGCUCAUGUGACGGGGCUGAAGGUGCUCUCGCUUUGGACGCACGGAACACUCCUGACGGGGACGACGGCGUUCCCAGAGCCGGACAGGAAGUGUGGGAGACCAGUGGACAGGAAACGGUCCUCAAAACAGAGUCGGUGUGUAAUAGUGUUACCAGGAGACUCCAACACAGAGGGGCUGAACACAGGCCAGGAGGACGGAGCAGUCUGGACUCUGAGUUUGUCAUGUUUGACAGACCAGGCCAGCUGGGCUCUUACUGUACACAAGGGGGCGCUGUGGCUGGGACGGAGGAUCCGUGUUGCUCUUACUCUGCAGAAACGGACCCGGAGUGCCUGUCGUUCCACUCCGAGCUGCAGCCGGGUUCCCCAGCAGAGGAAUGGGGGAUUAACGGCUUUCCCUCUUUGCAUUCAAACCCGAGGGAUAUAACCGACUCUGUCGACUGUUUGCAUUCAAACCCGAGGGAUAUAACUGACUCUAAGGCAGCAGCUGAGAUGCACUCAGCAUUGAGCAAAAGGCCCAUGCCAGGACCAGCCCUUAACAAAAACAGACUUUACAAACAAAUGGCGGACAGAGAGGCCGCUCGGCUGGGAAACGGCGGCAUCCUGUACCCCGGCCACGCCCACAUACCUGGGCGAGAGAGCCAGGUAAACCAGGUGCAUUCCAAACCCGAAGCCUCGCUGGGGAAGAGGUAUUCGCUCUGCGGCGUCCAGGCCUCUGAGGGCAGCUGUGGCGUGGUCGCGGGAGAGAGGCCUUUUAUCUGCACGUACUGCGGCAAGACUUUCUCCCGGACGCGCAAUCUGGAGACCCACCUGAGGGUGCACACCGGAGAGAAACCGUUCAGCUGCACGCAGUGCGGCAAGAGCUUCAGCCAGCUGUGCAGCCUGAAAACGCACCUGAGCGUGCACACGGGGGAGAGACCUUUCCGCUGCACACAGUGCGGCAAGCGCUUCGCCCAGCCGGGAUACCUCAAGAGGCACCAGACGGUCCACACGGGAGAGAAACCGUUCAGCUGCACACAGUGCGAGAAGAGUUUCUCUUUUUUAAGCAAUCUCAUCAGACACCAGGGCCUCCAUGCAGGAGGGAGACCGUUUACAGUACAUACCCACACCUUUACAGCCCAGUGGAGGGGCUGCUGUUUCUCUGUGGAUGGCCCUCAUCCCUGCGUCCACUUCCAAUAAAAUCUCACUGCCUGAUAAGAUGCACUCUGGAAAUAGUUUCUGUCUGUAUACGUUUAGACUGGUUUACAUUAGCAAAUAUCCCAUCCUUACUUUGCAGACAAAGGCUCCACAUGAGUUGCGGUCCUUUUUGCUUGGGAUGGGGCAGCGUUCCACAUGUCCAGCGUGAAAUAUUUGUUUUCUUUCUUAUGAAUGCCCUCGAGGAAUGCAGUGGUCAGAUGGACCACUUUCACUCGCUUUCAGGUGUUAUAUUAUCUGGUCACAUUUGUGCAUCUCGAAAUGGGUCUGGGGGGCCGUGCCCCUCUCUUCUGGGGACACAUCGCCCGCCGAGACGAUAUGUUUUUAACAAUCAAAAUUUAUUUCAUUAUUCCACGUCAUACAGCCUCCGGUCUUUCCACUAACGCCCAUGUUUUCAUUUACUGCACCAAUGAGGAUGUCAAAUUUGUCUGGUUCCAACUGGGGAAAAAAAGAAAAUGUUACCCAUUAAAUGCCCAGUGGCAUAACCAUUACUAAAUGUGAAAACCAAGCUUCUCAGCUUCCUCAGACUCUUUGACUUGUCCUGCUUAAUGGUUGUCAUGGCAAAGCAGUCAAUCAGGAUAGCCUUUGAUUUUUCCUAAAAAUGUCCUUUUUGAGAGCGGGAAAGAAGGAAAAUUGCUUAGUCUUCUCCUGGUGUAGUACUCUUAAUAUCAUGGGUGAAGAGUUUGUAGGCUCCCUCUUUUUCCCUGCCAAAAUUUCACCUAUCACUGGAGUCAAAGACAGUCAGACAUGCGGAAGUAAUAGUUGACCAUUUCAACAAGGCACAUAUACUUUCAGUCACCGCUCACUGACAGAGUUAUUUCUGUUUAUCAUUGGCCCUUUCCACAUUUUCUGAAACUAUUUUUAAAUAUUUUCUUGCAGCUUUAGACCCUGAAAAGAUACCCCCCUAGCCACAAUGUCCUCUAUAUUGUCAGGUACCUCGAGAAAAGAGAAAAUCCUGAUCAGAGUAAAGUAAAUGUAGACGGGUACUCCCCCGAAACGUCUCUGGGAUAUCAGACCGAUAUCUGGCUUCUCUGCUGAACAGGAGGUAGAAUGGAGAAUACUUUGUGGUGAUCUGUACCUUUAUUUGCAAGCCAAACAUGGCUGCACUGAGGUACAGACCCCAGUCCCAAGCUUCUCCUCCACCAGUUUAGUGCAGGUUCUGAAACAUUAGCCUCCUUAUGAAAUACUGUUUUGGUUGUAAAACAUAGCUUAUAGCCAUGUCUGAUCCUCAUCCUGGGUGGCUUAGAAAGUGGCUGAGGUCAAUUAUACCCCCGCAGCACUGCUUAAUACAAUACAGUAGCAUUGUAGAAUAUUUAACACAAUGACAUGUAGUCAUUGUGCAAAAUGGUUCAAGGUCAUUUAAAUGUCAAGUCUAAAUGACCUUGUCACCGUCCCAUUCAUCCUUUCAACCAUUCCGUUGGUUUGUGUGUAUGGCGCGCAAAAGCUCCUCUGAAUUUGAGCCUUUUGGCAGAGCACCAUAUUCAGCUGAAUUUAAUAGAUGACAAUCAUGGUACGUAAAAUCUGAAGUUACCCUCACCCCUGUCUUUGGGUUAAUGAAACUGACUGCUCAGGCAAAAACGUUCUUGAGAAAUCACAGAAAAUUAAUAGUUAUCGGACCACCUUAUUCCGGAACUCACCUCCUAGGUCCGUGAGAAUUUGUUUGUGGAGCCGCAAACCUAUAGAAAGAUCCCACAAUGCAUUGUGCUACUUCCUCCGCUUGCUUAGGCUUCUGCCCACUUUGUUUGUACAUAUUCCCUCUUGGAGUUGGCCUCAGUUUCCCCAGGACCAGGUCCACCCCAACCAGUGCAAAUGGUUCAGACACCUGAGCAGUUCCAAAAGAUUUAGGAGUGGACAGUGACAUACGGAUUGGGAACUUUAUAUGCAAAGAAGUGUGAAUACAUGAAGCUUACUUGAACUGGGAUGUGUUUUUUGUGUCGUCAUGUUCUUCUGGCACUGAGCACAUGCUGAAAUCUAAAGGUUAUAUCAGAAUGUAUGUGAACUAUUUGAAGAAAUUUGAGAGGCCAUGCAUUCAGAAAGAGAAGAUUGACAUUUUCUGAUGUCAAUGCUCAUCCUAGGCCAGUAAAACCCGUCUCUAAUGGCAUCAAAUGUUCUAUUAAAUUCCGUUUCUGCCCCAGUUGCACUGGCAUGGAAAUCUUUAAAGACUAUCGGCAUCCGCAGCAUAUUUUACGACCGUUACCACUUUAGUGUCCUUGUUCUUUUUCUUGAGGAAGUACAGCUCUCCAUCUAUAAUUUAACAUCAUAUAUUUAAGAUCUGUCACAUUUUAACACAUCACACAAAGCUAUUGCAGUCAAUGGAGCUCAUCAACCUCACCUUUGUGUAAUUAGAGCUCUUCUGGUUCAGAUCAUAUUUCUGCUUUUGUGAUUAGUGCUACAGGGUAAAUACUAUUUGGCCUUUACAGUAUCCCUCUAUGAUUUUUGCAUCCAUUUUUAUCUCCUCUGUGUCUCCCAUUCCAUUUCUCUCCUCUCCCGCUGUCUCUCUCACUCACUCCUGUCUGUGAAUCUGAUAAGGGCUGUGCCAUCACUCAGAGCUCAUAUACAAAAUGCCCAAUCAUUGCUAACUGUGUGCCACUUGCAUUACAACUGUUAGGCCUGAUCCUCUACUCUAGGCCAGAGACGGGCCAGUUGAGUGCAUUGCUGUCGCGCGAGUGUGAGGUCGAGUGCUCGGGGUUCCGAUUCACGCUUCCAGCAUCGCUAGCGCUGAACGCGCUGCUACGUAAACGGCGAUAGAUUCACUCUGCAGUCACAUCUGUCCCGAAUGUAAAAAAAAAAAAAAAAGUCAGGCAUUCAUCAUGGUAAUACUACAACAACGUUACUCACAGAUCCAACAGAAAACAAGCCAAUUCCUUAUCAUGUUUCAUUCCCUUCAUCUCUGACACCAGUGAGGAAAAGCAAAUCCAAGGUUAACUCUAGUUCUUGAAUGAGACCCGGUGGUUCGAUAUUUUGCUCUGCUAUAUUUCGGCUGUAGCUAGCUAGCUAGCAACAAAUCCUCCACUGAAAUAUGAUCCCACAGGCUCUGUAACCACACCCAUCCCAAACACAUUUUAGAAUAACUAAUAAAGGUGAAGGUGCACAAAUUCAGCAAAAAUACGUAAAGACAGAGGCAUCACAGAUAUGCCUUAGCAUGGUUAUUUUAUAUUAUUUUCUAAGUUAAAAUCCUGCAUAGUCUGCCUUUAACAAUACUGUAAUCUGGGAAGUUAUGUAUUGUAAUCACAGAGAUCUGGUGGGGUUCGAACCCCAGUCUCUCUGGAGAAGUGGAUACGCUAACUGCUGCACUAAAGAAGAAUUCAUCGUUAGCGAUGUUCUUAAAAAUAAAAUAAAAAUUAUUUAUUAACAGAGAUCCCAGUGUUUCAUGGUACAGUUUUCCCAGAAUAAACAUGCUAAAACUGUUGGUAAAAUCUUUAAUAAAUGUUUAUAUUUUAUAUCCAAAUCUAUGCAUAUCUAUAUUUAAUGUGUCCAUCAUAAUCAGUGAGUGCAUGUCUGCGUGUAAUGAUUUUUACACUUUGAUUUAUUUUACUUAUUUUUCCAUUUUUGAAAAUUAGUGUAAAUACACACACGUGUAUGUUAUGCCUUUGCAUUUACAUAUGCAUAUUUUACAAAGUCAAAUAAAGCCUUUCAGUUUAUA